AUGAGUACGAUUGUGUAUUGUGGAGUGUGUAGCUUUCCACCCGAGUACUGUGAAUUUGGCGGUGUUGCCAAGAGAUGCAGAGAAUGGCUUGAGAAGGAACAUCCCGACAUGUACCAGAAGCUGUAUUCAGUAGAGUCGCUGGAACAGGCGACUUCUGGACUUUCUCUUGAGAAACAAGAAGAAAUCGAACGUAAAAUACAAAAACAACAGGCCAAAGAAGAAGCUAAAGCCGAAAGAGAGCUGCAGAAAAAGAUGGCUACUAAAGUGACUAUCAAGCGAAUUGAGAGAUCAAAGAGAAAGCACGUCGUCUCCAUUACCGGUUUAGAAGUAUUCGGCAUUGAUCUGAAGAAGCUGGCCAAGACAUUUGCCUCGAAGUUCGCAACAGGAGCCAGUGUGACGAAAACACCUGACGGAAGAGACGAGAUCAUCAUCCAAGGAGACGUUGCCGACGAGGUCGAGGAGUACGUGCAAGAGCUGCUAGAAGAAAAGGGUCUUGACGAAGUCAAGGUCGAGCAAAUCGAAGACAAGCCCAAAAAGAAGAAGCAGCAGCAGCCCGGCACUGCCUAA